AUGGAGCCAGAACACCUGAAGAGGCUGCGUCAGGCCAACCAGGACCUUCUGCAAAGGCUCAGAAUGAAGCAGGGAGAGAUUCGAAGAAGACAUCCCGGCAAGCCGCUCUUUCCAGCGUCGCUUCCUAAUAGAACAGCUGCUGAAAGCUCCCUCCCCUUGCCCAAGAGAGGGAAGGAAAAUCAGGCUGAUGCUGUGAAGUCUACAGCUGACACUGCAAUGUUGGUGUCUGUGGAACCUGGAGCUUCUGCAGCCAGAGCAGCCCUCUGUUCGUCUCUUAAACAGAGCAACAAUGACACAGGGGUACAGCAACAAGCAGCGAAGAUGGAGGAAGCAGUAGGUUUGGAUUCCAGCAUUCUUGGGACAGAGAAGAAUGUUACACCAGUGUCUGCAACUAUUACAUGUGGCAGAGAAACCUCUGGAGUGGAUAGGGAUGGCUGUGCUCAAGGAAGUCCAGAGAAAGAAUCCUUCCUUCUGGGACAUGGAGAGAACAGAAAACAGUCCACUCUGCUACAGGGUUUCCAUGAGAAUAAACAGCUUAAGGGUCAUCUGGACCCGUCACUGAGCAGAAUACAAAGUGAAGAGAGCAGCAAGCAGCAUGUGGUCAUUAGAGAGCCCAUAAUCCGUAAAUCAAUCCUGCUGACAUCUCAGUCCAAAGACUCGAAGAAGGUAGCUCGUCAUGUGACUUUUCAGUCUGACCCUGAAGAAGAUACCAUACCUGUGAGCAGCUGGUCCGCGCGUCCGUUCCUGGGCUAUGACUGGAUUGCAGGGCUCCUAGAUACAAACUCUUCAGUAGCAGAAAAAUCUGACCAAUACUUUGCUGAGCUACAUGAGUUCCGACAGGCCAACAAAGAAGUGUGUGUUCAUGAGCAGCACCUGGAGCCCAAGGCUCUGGAUUACAUAGUUCCUGAACAAGAACCAGAUUUGAUAACCAGUUCCCAUAAGUGUGUUUACUGUUACCGAUUAAACCAGCGCCUCUUCACUGUCCCUGUGGAUUCAGAAUCUGCCUGCCCCAUGUGUAAGAUCCCACGUGCUCACCGGCCCCCAGAGACUCUGGAAGAGCCAGCCUAUGUCAGGGUCAGCAUUCCCAGAUCUACCCUUAUGCCUGCCUACAAAUACAAAGCCCAUCGCAGGAAGAGCUUUGAACCAGCGGACAAUCUAGCAUUACCUUCGCAUUGCCUGGCUGGCUGGGAAAAUAUCAUCCCUUCCAGCAACCCCACGCUCAGCAGUUUGGAUCUGCGAGCUUCACUGGAAGAGAAGCCUUCUCACCAUCCUCGCCUGAACUUGGUGUCCAGAGUGUCAGGAGGAACCAGAACUGACCAGCUUCUGAACCUGACCCACGACACACACUUCAGAUUUAGCAGUGCUUCUCAGCAGAGGGAGCAAAACAAACCUGGACACUACAGAGCAGCUCCAAAUUUAAAUCUGCCUGCCUCAACUCUGUGA